AUGGUGGAUAAGAUGACGCGCCGGAACACAGAAAGAGGCCGUCCACAAAGGCGGACAUCAGAGCGACCACUCGCGCCAGAGCUGCCAUCUCCAUACAGCAACGACAAUGCCACCCCCAAUUUCUUCGAUGGCAACACGGCACCACGCCAAGAACCCCGUUCCCGACUCGAACUUCUCGAGGAGGCAUUGCAAGAUCGGGUACAGCCCCAAGACAGUAUCGGCGAGCUGGAGGAAGUGGCGGACGAAAUAUUCGAAGACGCAGAUGACUGCUCCAUCUCAUCCUCACGGCCAGCUUCCCCCACAGAGCAAGACUGGGAAGAAGUAGAAAGUGACAUACCCUCUUCACAACACCACGGGGAAUCCUACCUCUUCCCUGGAACCUGGCCAGCCGCACUAUCAGAAACAACACAAGCCUUGCGAGAAAUCAACGCGGCAACAUCUUCCUACUUCACCGCGCUCUCCCAAUCUGGUAUCGGCCGCGCCACAUCAAGUAUCAGCACCGCAGCCCUCUUCAGCACCAACAGCGCCGCCCUUGCACUGACAACCUGGGGUCUGGCCAAAACUGGAUUCGGCACUCAUGAACUGCCGCGUCCACUGCAGAAAUGGGUCAUGGCCAAGGAGGAGAGGGAGAAGCGGCGAGUGCAGAAGGAGGCGAGGAAGCGGAGGAUAGAGAUGGGUAGUGGGGUGUUUGAGGAUGGCGGGGGGAGCUUUGUGUUGGGUACGAGGGAGGGGGGUGCGGAUCUGUGGGAGGUGCAGGGGUUAAGGGAGAGUGAGGAGGUGGUUGAUGAGAGUGAGGGCGAGGAUGCGGCGAUUACGGCGUUGAGGAAGUUGGAUUGUGAUGAGGAGGAUGAGGAGGGUGGUAUGUUGAUGGGUUUGAAUUUUGAGGACGAGGAAGAUGAGGAUUAA